AUGGACUGUUUGGAGAGGGUUCCAUACUCGAAAAGAAUCCGAAUGGUCACACCGUCCCACAUCAUAUUGGAAAGACUAUGGAGGGAGGAUCCGUACAUCUUAGACCCAGAGAUAAUACUUCCUUCAACACACCCACAAAGUGUUCGAGUGCAGUCCAUAUUGAGAGACAUAGUUCAAGGAAUGCACACCGGUUUAGGGCUUAAUCGUCACUGCUAUGUUUCAAGUAAUGGAUCUGAAGACGCUUUACUUGUAUCAAGAGAAUACCGAAAGAGGCCAAAGGAAAGUAUCAUAAAGUUUGGGACUAGUCAUUUGGAAGGAUUGAAUUGGGAAGUGAUGCUGGUGGAAUCUCAUGUGGUAAAUGCUGAGUACCACAAUAACGGCAAGAUUGUUGUUUAUACAGGGAUACUUGACUAUUGCAAUUCAGAUAUAGAUAUAGCAACUUUUCUAGCACAUGAGGUUGGGCAUGGUGUGGCAUGGCACGUAUCAGAAUAUUUGGUGAUUUAUGCCCUUGUACGGCCUUUUUAUUAUGUGCCGAAACUCUCAAUCAUAGCAGACCGAGUAUAUAAGUACAUAUUGAGGAGGGGGGAAUUGGAAGCAGAUUACAUUGGAUUAAUGUUAAUGGCUUCAGCUGGGUAUGACCCUCAAGUUGCACCAUACUUUUAUGAGAGGAUUUGUGAUUAUAAAGAGGAUUUGUUCGAAACUCACCCAUCUGGAGAAACGAGAGCUAGGUCGCUGCAACAAAACGAAGUGAUGGGAGAAGCAAUGGAAAUAUAUAAGGGAGUGAGGUCUCGACACGAGGUGAAGUCCUUUGUUUAA